AUGGCUUUGAAGCGCAUCAACAAGGAACUCACAGACCUGGGCCGUGACCCUCCGUCGUCAUGCUCCGCCGGUCCCGUCGGUGAAGACCUGUUCCACUGGCAAGCAACCAUCAUGGGUCCCAGCGACUCGCCCUACUCGGGAGGCGUCUUCUUCCUCGCCAUUCACUUCCCCACAGACUACCCCUUCAAGCCCCCGAAGGUCAACUUCACCACCCGCAUCUAUCACCCCAACAUCAACUCAAACGGCAGCAUCUGCCUCGACAUCCUCCGUGACCAAUGGAGCCCCGCUCUGACCAUCAGCAAGGUCCUGCUCUCCAUCUGCUCCAUGCUGACAGACCCCAACCCUGACGACCCGCUGGUACCCGAGAUCGCACAUGUCUACAAGACAGACCGCCCCAGAUACGAGGCGACCGCCCGAGAGUGGACUCGCAAAUACGCCAUUUAA